UACGGCUCUGAAUUGUCAGGUGAUCAGCUGACCGACCAGAUCGUUUUGUGUUGGGACUAGCUAAACAAGACGACUAGGAAUUAUUUAAAUUUGUAUUUGCCACGGAGGUAAACGUUCUUCGAUAAGCCUUCCGUUAGAAGGAAAUGUUCCAGUAACAUUUGUUUGUGACACAUCUGCAUAAUGUCGGGGAACAACUUGGUUCUACCCAUAGUGCUGUGGGGCCGCACGGCUCCCACCCACUGCAUCAGCAGCCUGCUGGUAAUGGACAACUUCAACACCAUCAUCACCGGCUGCCAUGACGGACAGAUCUGCCUCUGGGACAUGACACCUGAGCUGGAGAUUUGUCCCAGGGCCAUGUUGUUUGGUCAUACAGCCUCCAUUACCUGUCUGUCUAAAGCCAGUGCGUGCAGUGACAAACAGUACAUUGUCAGUGCAUCAGAGAGCGGAGAGAUGUGUUUAUGGGAUGUGAAUGAUGGACGCUGUAUUGAAUUCACCAAGCUGGCCUGUGCUCACACUGGUAUACAGUUCUAUCAGUUUACCAUUGGCACUGAGAGGGAGGGACGUCUGCUUUGCAACGGCCACUACCCAGAAAUCCUUGUGGUGGACGCCACCAGCCUGGAGGUCCUGUACUCGCUGGUGUCCAAGAUCUCUCCUGACUGGAUCAGCUCCAUGAGCAUCAUCCGCUCACACAGAACGCAAGAGGACACAGUGGUGGCAGUGUCAGUGACGGGGAUUUUGAAGGUCUGGAUCAUCACAGCUGAGGUCAGCAGGAUCCAGGACCUGGACCCUGUGUUUGAAGAAGAGUCCAAACCCAUCUACUGUCAAGGCUGUCAGAGUAUUUCCUUCUGCACCUUCACUCAGAGCAGCCUGCUGGUUGUCUGCUCCAAGUACUGGAGGGUGUUUGAUGCAGGCGACUACUCGCUGCUCUGCUCAGUGUCCAGUGAAAACGACCAGGCAUGGACCGGAGGAGAGUUCAUUGCUGCGGACAAAGUCAUCAUCUGGACCGAAGAUGGCUGCAGUUACAUCUACAAGCUGCCCGCCAGCUGUCUGCCUGCCAGUGAACAUUUCCGCAGUGAUGUUGGGAAAACCAAAGAAGGCUCGAUCCCUCCGCUGGUCUACAGCAUUGCUGACCGCUCAGACAAGCAGCUCCUGAUCUGUCCUCCUGUCACUCGGUUCUUCUUCGGCCGACGGGAGCCCUUCCAUAAGCUGCUGAUCCAGGGAGACUCAGCGGGCAGACUGUCCCUGUGGAGCAUCCCAGACACCUCACCUCUGCAGCCGCUGUCCACCACUGCAGAGCUGCAGGUGUCCUCCACCAUCAGUCUCCAGGAGGCGUUUGAUAAAUUGACCCCCGUUUCUGCAGGGAUCAUUGACCAGCUCAGUGCUCUUCCUGGAAAAGAAGGACCCAUCAAGGUGACGGCCAGCGUGUACAUCCCCUCUCAGGGUCGCCUGGUGUGCGGGAGAGAAGACGGUAGCAUAAUCCUGGUUCCUGCCACUCAGACCGCCAUCGUCCAGCUGCUGCAGGGGGAGCACAUGCUCAGGAGAGGCUGGCCGCCCCAUCGUACCCUGCGAGGUCACCGGAACAAGGUGACGUGCGUCCUGUAUCCGUACCAGAUCUCCCCUCGCUACGACCAGCGCUCGCUGGUUUCAGGAGGAGUGGACUUCUCUGUCAUCGUCUGGGACAUUUUCACCGGAGAGAUGAAGCACAUUUUCUGUGUCCACGGAGGAGAGAUCACCCAGCUCAUUGUUCCGCCUGAGAACUGCAGUACUCGGGUGCAGCACUGCGUCUGCUCGGUGGCAAGCGACCACUCCGUCGGCCUGCUCAGUCUCAGGGAGAGGAAGUGCAUCAUGCUGGCGUCGCGACACCUCUUCCCCAUCCAGGUCAUUAAGUGGCGUCCAGCAGAUGACUACCUGGUGGUGGGAUGCUCUGACGGCUCCGUCUACGUCUGGCAGAUGGAUACAGGAGCCUUGGACCGCUGCGUGAUGGGCAUCACGGCAGUGGAGAUCCUGAACGCGUGUGACGAGCUGGCUCCGGCCACCGUGGACGCUCUGAGCCACUCUGCUGUGAACCUGAAGCAGGCGAUGACCCGACGCAGCCUGGCGGCGCUGAAGAACAUGGCCCAGCACAAACUACAGACGCUCGCCACCAACCUGCUGGCUGCAGACAACGCUGACAAGGGCAACCUGCCGAAAUACUCCCAUAAUGCCCUGGUGGUCCAGGCGAUGAAGACCAACCUAACGGACCCUGACAUGCACGUGCUGUUCUUCGAUGUGGAGGCAGUUAUCAUUCAGCUGCUGACCGAGGAAGCCCAGAGACCCAGCCCCAUGCUGGUGUCUCCAGAGACGCUGCAGAAGAGCCAGGCCGGGGCGGACAAGGGGGGGUCCUUCCUGGCCAACAAGAUCUUUAAACAGGUGAAGGAGACGAUGAAGGAGACCAUCAAGGAGCACCUGUUGGAUGAAGACGAGGAGGAGGAGGAGGAGAUGAGAAAGCGGGAGGAAAAGUCCAAGUCUCUUAGUCUGCUGGAGUACAACCUGACGAUGGACACAGCCAAACUCUUCAUGUCCUGCCUCCACGCCUGGGGUCUCAACGAACAGCUGGACGGCAUCUGUCUGGAGCGACUGGGCAUGCUCAGACCGCACUGCCCCAUCUCCUUUGGCCUGAUCUCCAGAGGAGGUCACAUGUCCCUCAUGCUGCCCACCUUCAAGGAGUCCCUGCUGCGGCAGUUGUCUCUUGCGACGGGUCUGAAGCUGACUCUGACUGACAUCGUGGGGAAGGGGACCUACGGCGUAUCGAGAGCCGUCACCACGCAGCACCUGCUGUCUGUAAUUUCACUGGCCAACACUCUGAUGGGCAUGACCAACGCCACCUUUGUCGGAGAGCACAUGAAGAAAGCACCUGUCAGGCCUCCCAGACCAGGAGGAACCCCGGAGACUCCUCGCAGGACGCUGGCUGCCCCCCCUCAGCCCUCCAACCCGGCGCUACAGGCCCAGAUCAAACAAGGUUGGAGCCAGCUAGCAGCCAUGCACUGUGUGAUGCUCCCUGACCUCCUUGGACUGGACAAGUUUCGACCUCCUCUGCUGGAGAUGUUGGCGAGGCGGUGGCAGGACCGCUGUCUGGAGGUGCGAGAAGCAGCACAAGCUCUCUUACUGGCUGAGUUAAGGAGGAUUGGCCAAUCCGGACGUAAGGACACCAUUGACUUGUGGGCUCCGUACCUGCCUCAGUAUGUGGACUCUGUCAGCUCCCCUGGGUCGAACACCGAGCUUUCCCCUCCAGCUCCGCCUCCUCCCGAGGCUCAGCCAAUAGAAGCAAAGGUUCCUGAAGAGGAAAUGGACGUCACGGAUGAUGACAUCACAGCCGGCUGUUUGUCCAACCUUCCACCAAAUGCCAAGAAGAUCUCAAACUCGUACGAGGAGCGCCGUAAACAAGCCACCGCCAUCGUGCUGCUAGGGGUCAUCGGGGCUGAGUUUGGCGCUGAGAUUGAACCUCCAAAAGGUUCAGCACGGGCUCGAGCCGGGGGACAGGCGCCUGAGGGCUUCGGACUGACGAGCGGAGGGUCAUCGAACUACUCGCUGGCCAGACACACAUGUAAGGCGCUGACCUUCCUGCUGCUGCAGCCCCCCAGCCCCAAGCUGCCUCCGCACAGCACCAUCCGCCGCACCGCCAUCGAUCUGAUUGGUCGAGGCUUCACCGUGUGGGAGCCAUAUAUGGACGUGUCAGCGGUGCUCAUGGGGCUGCUGGAGCUCUGCGCUGACGCUGAGAAGCAGCUGGCCAAUAUUACCAUGGGUCUGCCCCUCAACCCGCCGGCAGAUUCCGCUCGAUCUUCCCGCCAUGCCCUCUCUCUUAUCGCUACUGCUCGCCCACCGGCCUUCAUCACCACCAUUGCAAGAGAGGUUCAUCGCUACAACGCAGCUCAGGCGAACUCUCAGUCGCAGCAGAACGUUCACACCACCACUCUGGCCAGAGCCAAGACUGAGAUACUGCGAGUGAUUGACAUCCUGAUCGAGAAAAUGCCUGGAGACGUUGUGGACCUGCUGGUCGAGGUGAUGGAUAUCAUCAUGUAUUGUAUUGAAGGGUCUCUGGUGAAGAAGAAAGGACUGCAGGAGUGUUUCCCUGCUAUUUGCAAGUUCUACAUGGUUGGUUACUGUGACCGUAGUCACCGCAUCGCUGUUGGAGCUCGCCAGGGUUCAGUGGCCCUCUACGAUGUUCGCACUGGAAAAUGCCAGAACAUCCACGGUCAUAAAGGUCCGAUCACAGCGGUGUCGUUCGCCCCUGAUGGCCGUUACCUGGCAACGUACUCCAACGUUGACAGCCACAUCUCCUUCUGGCAGAUGAACACCAGUCUGCUCGGCAGCAUUGGGAUGUUGAACUCUGCCCCUCAGCUCCGCUGUAUUAAGACCUACCAGGUUCCUCCCGUGCAGCCGGCGUCCCCGGGCUCCCAGAAUCACCUGAAGCUUGCUCGCCUCAUCUGGACCUCCAACCGAAACGUCAUCAUUAUGGCCCACGACGGCAAGGAGCACCGCUUCAUGGUCUAAACCAGAUCUGUAUCUCCAGCUGAGCCCUUGUUGUCGUCUCUUUUAGGCUUUUUGCUCCCAGGUAGAGUCUGAAAUGUUGCAGCAAGGAUUCACUCAGUUGCCACUUUAGUUUUAGCUUCAAAUAUGUAUCCUGAGCGGCUGAGUCCAACAAUUGAUAGUCUAAAACAUAAGUGAGGCUCGGAAGGUUUUUAUUGAGAUUCAUUCAGAGGUUUGUUUUACAUUUAACGUAAAGAUUCUGAAGGUAUCAAAAUGCAUCUGGGCCGUAAAAGUAAAAACCCAGCUCAGGGUCCAGGUUUGGACUGGAUGAAUAUUUUUGUUUUUAUUUCAGAUAGUGAUCAUAGUGAGGAAACUUGCUUUGUAAUUUAUUUAAAAGCCGUUAUAGAAAGUCUUGUUUAUAUUGUGAUUUGCAUUGAUGUAUUUUUAAGUUGUUAACACCUUCUUGUCAUUCCUAUUUAUUUGCUGUGUUUGCUGAAUGCCAGCCUUUGACUCACCACCACUUGGCUUCCCACCUACGUUUUACUUUAUUUGAGUGCUAAAUAUGUCCUAUUAAUACAUUUGCAAGUUUGUGUGGAUUUACUAUGCAGAACAAGGAUUUAACAUAGGGACUCAAAAGGAAUCAACCUUCACUCAAUUUUCUGUUCUUUAUAUUAAAGUUUGUUUGGAAGUCAAAACAAGAACCAACCCAGGAUGUAUUUCUUUAGUUGUCAAUGCUGGAUUUAUUUAUUUCUAUUAGAUGGUUGAAAAUAUUUCAAAGAAAUUCUCCACUGCUCUGUUGAAGGCUUUUAAAAUCCGUAGGACAUGUACUGUACAUACUUUACACAUUUCAGACUGCAUCUGCGAGAUCUUUGGUGUUCGCUUUUACUUUUGUGACACAUUCGAUGCUUUCCAUCCUCUGUGAGCGUCAUGCAGACGUGUGUGUAUGUGUUUGACAAAAUAAAAGUGUAUUUU